GAAUGCUCGCCUGCAAAUUUUCUGGUCCGGCCCGAUAAUGUUCCUUAUUCAGAUACAUCACUUCUGCUUUGUCAAUGUGAACGAGUUAUCAAUGUUCAUUGACUCAUUGUCUUUCCGUUACAUUUGUCACCCAGCGGCGAGUCGGUUAACCGUUCGCCGCCAACCACCCUCCGCCAUUUCGGUGCUUCGUUGUUACGUUUCAUUAAUUGCUUACUUGAUUUUUAGCAUUUUUACGCCUCUCUGAUCUUUAUCGUUGUUUUUGUUCACAGAGCUUAACAUUAUCGUUUUCAUUUCGCCAUGGAUUUUACGAUGCGUUUGUUGAUCGUACUGUUGUUUUCUGCUGCUUUGGUUACUCCGACGAGUUCUUCGAGCCGGGAUGUGGCGGUUCUGCUCCGCGUUAAGACUCGCCAACUCGGUGAUAGCGGUGGUGUACUCGGUGACUGGAACGAGUCGGCUCCUGGUGCGCCGUGUCACUGGACUGGCAUUACUUGUGAUCGCCGGAGCCGAGCUGUUGUGUCGAUCAAUUUGGGUGGUUUAGAAGUCUCCGGCGGGUUUCCUGCAGACUUUUGCCGGAUUUCGACUCUUCGGAGUCUCAACCUCUCCGAUAACUACUUCGGCGGGGAGAUUAACGCGGAUUCCUUCUCCUUAUGCUCUCACUUGGAGUUUUUGGACAUUUCCUCCAACCUUCUGGUAGGCGAGUUGCCGGAGCUCCGAAGGGAAUUCUCAAACCUCACUACGUUCGACCUUCAAGCGAACAAUUUCUCCGGCGAAAUUCCGGCGGGUUUUUUCCGGAUGCCGAAGCUGAGAAAGCUUUAUCUCGUGAAUAACCUCUUCAAUGGAACAGUGCCUGAGUCCUUGUCAAAUCUCACCGAGUUGACCCAUCUCGUUAUUGCCUUUAAUCCUUUCACGUCUAGUCCAUUGCCGCCGUCAAUCGGACGUCUUAAAAAACUCCAGUUUCUGUACGCGCGAGAAGCAAACCUCAUGGGAGCCAUUCCGGAUUCCAUCGGAAGACUUGUUAAUUUAAGAAUCUUAGAUCUCUCCUUCAACGCACUCUCUGGUAAAAUUCCAGAGACCAUGGGGGGAUUGAAACGCGCCGAAGAAAUUCUUCUUUACGGGAACCAACUCUCCGGUGAAUUACCGGACGCAUUUUCGAAUCUCACUUCUCUGGCAUUCUUCGAUGCUUCUCAAAACAUGUUGACCGGGAGAAUACCGGAAAGUCUCGCCAGAUUACAUCUGGAAUUGCUGCACCUAAACGACAACGAUCUAGAAGGUGAAAUUCCAGAAAGCUUAUCUCUAAACCCUAAGCUCAGUGACUUGAAGCUUUUCAACAACAAAUUAUCGGGGAAGUUGCCGGAAAACCUAGGUAUGAACUCGGAAUUGAUGGAUUUUGACGUUUCUGGUAACAAUUUAGAAGGUCCACUGCCACCAAAUCUCUGUUCAAAAAAGAUGCUGCGGAAUUUGAUCCUUUUCAAUAACAGAUUCUCCGGCAGCAUUCCAGAGUCCUACGGCGAGUGCAGUUGUAUGAGGUAUGUGCGUAUCCAAAAUAAUGAAUUAUCAGGAAAGUUGCCCACCGGUUUCUGGAGUUUUCCUGAGUGUCAACUCUUUGAGCUUCGGGAAAACAAAUUUGAAGGUACAAUUCUGCCUUCAAUUUCCAGUGCUCGGGAGAUGAUGCAGAUUCUAAUCUCCGACAACAAUUUCUCCGGCGAAUUGCCUGUAGAAAUAUGCGAAUUGCCGGAUUUGGUAGUCAUGGAUAUGAGCAGAAAUCGAUUCUCAGGUCCAUUUCCAACGUGCCUGACAAGACUGCAGAAUCUACAGAAGCUCCACCUUCAAGAAAAUCUCAUGGGAGGUGAAAUUCCCCAGUCUGUUGGUUCAUGGACUGCCUUGACAGACUUGAAUUUGUCUUUCAAUCAAUUCACUGGUAAAAUUCCAAGCUCUCUUGGAUCACUGCCGGUAUUAAACUAUUUAGACCUCUCCUGGAACAAGAUUUCCGGUGAAAUUCCUGCUUCAUUAACCAAGCUAAAGCUCAACACCUUCAACCUUUCAAACAACAAGCUUGAAGGGAAAGUUCCUUCUGAGUUUGAUAACAGUUUUUUUCUAUCAAGCUUCGUGGGGAAUCCGGGUUUAUGCAGUUCUCUCAAUUUUAAUGGUCUCCCUUCGUGCACAAAACACAGAUCCACUCACUCACAUUUGCUGGGCAUUUUGGCACCCUGUGCUGUCAUCCUCGUCGGGUUACUCAUCUGUCUCUCGAUCAAGGCCAAAAACCUGAUAUCUGGUAGGAAAAGAAGCAAACAUUCAUUGAAGAGGAUUGCAUUUCAGAAGAUCCAGUUUAAAGAAUCUGAAUUGUUGGCUUCCCUGAUCAACGAGAACAUCAUAGCAAGAGGUGGUUCGGGUCAGGUAUUCGGGGUGAAACUGAAAAAUGGAAAGAUGGUUGCAGUGAAGAAGCUCUGGGAAGCUAACAGGGAAUGCGAAUCUGAAGUUGUGUUCAAGGCAGAAAUGGAGACUUUAGGGAGCAUUCGCCAUAAAAACAUAGUGAAAUUGUUGUAUGGUUGUAUGGGGAAAGAUUUCAAGAUUCUGGUUUAUGAGUACAUGGAGAAUGGCAGCUUGGGAGAUGUGUUGCAUGGAGAGGAAGGCGUCGUGCUGGACUGGCCGACGAGGUUCAAUAUUGCAGUCGGGGCAGCUCAAGGACUUGCAUAUCUGCACCACGAUUGCGUGCCUCCAAUCCUCCACCGUGACAUCAAGUCUAACAACAUCUUGCUGGACAAAGAUUUCAGGCCAAAAGUUGCUGAUUUUGGGCUUGCCAAGAUGAUGUACCGGGGUACUGAAGUCCAAGAGAGUGGUCAAGUCAUGUCCCAUGUUGCUGGUUCCUAUGGCUACAUUGCACCUGAAUAUGCAUACACACUAAGGAUUUCAGAAAGAAGCGAUGUAUACAGCUUUGGGGUGGUACUACUGGAGUUAAUAUCUGGGAAACGACCAAACGAUGAGUGCUUUGGUGAUGACAACAACAUGGUAAAAUGGGCAUCCAACGUUAUAAUUGAAGAAGAAACGAAUGGUUUUGGUGAUGAGUUGUAUCAUAUUGUUGAUCCUAGAAUGAAUUUAUUCCCGCGCGAUUUGGAAGAAAUCAAGAAACUCUUGAACGUGGCUUUGUUAUGUACUUCAGCAUUUCCUGUUGAUAGGCCCUCCAUGAGAAGGGUUGUCAAGUUGCUGAAGGACAUAUCCAGAUAGCUCAACGGUUCGGUUCGGUGA